AUGACAGCCAUAAAUCUUUACUCGCUCUCAAACCAUCACACUCCUUCAAAGAUGGGUAAUCAACAAUCACCUCAAAUCAAAAACAGACCUCUCUCAUCAAACAAAAUUUUAGUAAUCGGAAAGGGUAUUUACAAUGUUGAAGUACCUGAAAUUCAUAACAAGCAAAUGCUUCAAGCAUUAAAGGAAGGCCUUCCAAAAUUCGUCCGAUUGCAAAUUUACUUGAAGGAUGCUGAUAAUGAAUUAAUUCCAGCAAAUCCUCCAACGGUUCAGCACCCACAAUUUACAUUCCCUUUGGCAAAUGACAAGUCUUUCUCAUUUAGUGACUACCACUAUUUCCUACCUAAUUUGGAAUCAUUGGUAGGCUUGUCUAUCAUCGCUAGUUUGGAAGUACCUCUCUCAAAAGAAGCUCAACAAUCAUCACUUAAUUCUGUAUUGAGUUAUAUUGGUGCAGCAUCAGAUGUUAAUUCAGUUCCUUUAGGAGAAGGUUACAUUGAUUUGAGAGCAAUCAAACAACGUGAUGUUUAUAACAGUUUGACUGUUUCAAUUGUCAACAACUCCAAGGUGGUUGCCAAAAUUGAUUUGCAACUCGUAAAGCCAGGUCUUAAGAUUGAUAUUUUAGAGUUACAACAAUCAAUUGUUAAUUAUGAACAAAUUCAUAACGUUGAGGUUACUGAGACAAACUUGUUUAAUAGAACAUUCGAUCGAUUUGUUGAAAAUACCUCAGAAAUUGUUGAAUGUAGAAAAGCAAAAGCCAAAGCUGAGACUGAGGCUCAAAUUUGGAUCAAUACUCAUACUGAGCAUAGAAUUCGUGUUGUGUCCAUCGAUACCACCCAUACCAAAUCGGGAGCUGGAUUUGAAUUUUACAGUUGCAACGUUUGGUUCAAGUUCACAAGUGAAUUUUUAAAGGAAACUCAUGACUUGGAAAGAGAAAAACAAGAACGAUUGAAGAAGGAAGCAGAACUUGCUAAACAAAAGCUUCAACAGCAAAAACAAGACUCCGCUACCUCCCCCAACAAUGUUGAGGUUGAUGAAGAGGUUCCACUCACCGAUUCUGAAACUGAGGAAGAAAAGCCAGUUGAGCAACCAGCAACUUCAACAACAGAAACUGAUAACAAUUAA